CUUCACUUCUCUCUCCAAUAUUCUUUCAGUUUUUUCAAUUCCUUUCUUUUUCGUCUUCUACAUUUGUCUUCUUCUUCCAAGAUCACUCUCCAUUUCCUUAAACCAAUCAUUAGCUAGCUUCCAGUGAUCAAGCUAAGAUAACUGCAGAACUAAAUUAAUCAGUGAUGGAUACAAAUGAAUCAUGCGUUCCACCUGGAUUUCGAUUUCAUCCAACAGAUGAAGAGCUCGUUGGAUACUAUCUUAGAAAGAAAAUCGCAUCGCAAAAGAUUGAUCUUGAUGUUAUUAGAGACAUUGAUCUAUACAGAAUCGAGCCAUGGGAUCUUCAAGAUAAAUGCCGGAUCGGAUAUGAAGAGCAGAACGAGUGGUAUUUCUUCAGCCACAAGGAUAAGAAGUAUCCAACAGGUACCAGAACUAAUAGGGCAACAAUGGCAGGGUUUUGGAAGGCAACAGGAAGAGACAAGGCAGUGUACAAUAAAUCAAACCUUAUAGGCAUGAGAAAAACACUUGUCUUCUAUAAGGGUAGGGCACCUAAUGGCCAGAAAUCUGAUUGGAUCAUGCAUGAAUAUCGUCUCGAAUCUGAAGAGAAUGGUCCUCCACAGGCAAAAGGAUGGGUGGUGUGUAGAGCAUUUAAGAAGAAAAUUACUGGGCAGACAAAGACCAACAUGGUUGAAGGGUGGGAGUCAAAUUAUUUUUAUGAUGAGGCAACUACUGCAGUUAGCUCAGUUGUGGAUCCUCUUGAAUACAUCACAAGGCAGACUCCUCCUUCAAAUUUCAAUAUGCUACAAAAUAAUCUACUAUGCAAGCAAGAGAUGGAAGCAGCCGAAAAUCAUCUCAACUUUGCAUAUACAAAUUCUGAUUCACAAUUUGUACAGCUUCCACAGCUAGAAAGCCCCUCUCUACCAAUCCUAAAAAGGCCAAUUAGCUCCAUGUCACUCGUCUCUGAUAACAAUAAUAACAACAACAAUAAUCAUGAAGACGAUGGCAGCAAAAAUGUAACGGCUGACUGGAGGGCACUUGACAAAUUUGUAGCUUCUCAAUUGAGUCAUGAUAAUCAUCAUGAAGAGACAACAUAUGAAGAUCAUAACAGCUGUUCAGAUUUGGGAAUGUUGUUAUUGCUGAGUGAUAGGGGAGAAGGGCCCAAGCUGAAUGAGAUCUUGAGUUCGAGCUCUAGGGAUUGUGAUAUUGGCGUUUACUUAUUUGACAAAUGAAGAAGAAAAUGGGGAAAAUCAAUUUGAAACUAUUAUACAUAUAUAUAUCAUGUAAGUAAAAAUUAUUAUUUGUGAAAUUAAUGAGUGAAGAGAAUCCAUCGCGGUGGAGUUGAUUAUGGAGAUAAUGCUUAUAGAAUCGCAAGGAUGUUCAAGCAUGAAGGAAUCGAUUUCAUGAAGAAAUUAGGAGUUGAGAAUUAAUACUAAUAAAAAACUUUAUACAUGCAUGUGAUAUGGGUGAAUUUCGUGUUUAAUCAUAUUUUAACUUUUCGAUUGAUGUGUGUCAUCCUUGCGCAGGACCCAUGCUACUAUGUAUUGUUCCAAUUUUAUUUGAUGUCCCCGAAGGGACACCAUAUUUUGACUUGAGGCGGUAACAUUUUACUUUA